AUGCAGCAGGAGCAGGAAACGACUGCUCUGCCUUCCGGGCCUGAGGACGAUGAGGCUGCCAAGCCCAUCCCGGAGGCCUCCGUCCCCGGUCCCGGCAGCCUCAAACUGGAGUGCGUCAUCUGUUACUGCGGCUAUGACCUCUCUGCCCGCCUCCCUCGCCGCCUCUACUGUGGCCAUGCGUUCUGCCAGGCCUGCAUCCGGCGCCUCAAUGUAACGGCCAACGAGCAGUGGUGGAUCCGUUGCCCCCAGUGCCGCCAGAACACCCCUACCCCACGCGGAGGGGUGGCAAUGCUUGACUUGGACCUCGCGGCCUUCCUCGCCGUCAAGUCUGAGAAGGCGCUUCCCCGGCAGGGAGGCCGGCUGCAGCUGGAGCAGUUCUCCAAGGAGAAGCCAGCCGUCACGGAGCAGCCGAGCGGCUCGUGCCAGGAUGUCAUACCUGAACCCCAACCCUCCUGCUGCUGCCCCUGCGACCCCUCUCUCUGCUGUGCAACCACCGCAGCUUUUCAGAGCUGA